AAAAUCUGUCAGCAGACAGCUCGAAACUGUUGAGGAGACUCGAAGAGUGACGAGCGCAGCAGCCAUGGCUCUUGAACACAUCAGCGAAACCGAAGGCAACAUCAUAAAAAAUAUCGCUAGCGAACUCGAAAAAAACGCGGCAAAAUAUGGUGGGGAAUCUUUGGCCAGGCUGUUUAUCACUAAUCCAGGAAGCAAGGCUUACUUUUCCUACGACGAGAAUAACCUGGAAAGUCUCCAAGAACAUGGGAAGAGAGUCAUUACAGCUGUGGCCAACGCGGCAAGAAACUUGAACGAUCUGAAGGGCAGUCUCGACGAACUUGCUACAAAGCAUGGGAGCGAUCUUUUGGUGGAUCCUCUAAACUUCCCGGCUUUCUCCAGAUGUAUCCAAGUGACUUUGGCCAAUCACCUGCAAUCUUUCACCCCUGCAGAUCAACUCGCUUUGGACAAAUUCCUUAAGGCCCUUAACGGGUAUCUGUCCUCUAAGUACCGUUGAAAAUGGAGCCAAGACUUUUCGGUAGAAAGCAGCCUCCGUCUUAACAUCCAAACCCCCGUGUGCCCAAACUGCUUGCCAAUGAAAGCUUACUCUUUAGAAACACUCUCCAUGUUUCUGUAGCCCGCGCUUUUCAAGAUUGAUUAUAAUUGUUAAACUGCUUCAACCGAACUUCUUCGUGAGACACAAUAAACAUUUCCUUUCAUCAA